AGGCGUGCAGCAGAUGUGUAGGGCGGAGCAUAAUUUUUUUCUGGAUAUCUUUUUCCGCAGUUUUUGCUCUAAAUUCAAGUAAUCUGAAGCCAAUUGUUUCUUCACCAUGGCCGACAUGGGUGCACAGGAAGUUGGAGGGGCAAGCAGUGGAACCGAAAGCAGCGAGCGUAAAUGCGGAAUGGAAAUGAGCUACGUCAAAACCCUCAAUGGCUUAUUGAUGGCCAAGAAAAUUGGAUGGUCACUCAUUGCGUUUUUUCUCUGCAUCUUCUCCGGAGUAAGCGUCACUUCUAUCCUUUUUGGAGUGGUAGUAUUCAGUGGAUUAAUGCUGUGCAUCAUGCUCUUCUUCGUCUUCGCUUUCGGAAAAGCCAAGCAGAUCACGAGGAUCAACGUUUAUAAAUUUGACUUUAUUGUGAGUUUUCUUGGCACGAUUGCCUAUUUCAUCGUUAGUCUGUGGGGCUUAUUCAGUUUCAACCCAGUAUUGAUUGCUGCCUGUGUGUUUGGCUUCAUUGCUAUGUUGUCUUUUGGAGCCAGCGUUUAUCUUAACUUCAAGAGGUGGCGCCAGAAUAAGUCAACAACCAGUAGCGAUAACACGGCGUACAAUCCAACUUACUAGCCGUAAGGACAUGUAAUGCCAGGUCAGCUUAAGCUAAUUAAGCAAUAUAUUUUUUGUAGGAAUCUUUCCUGAAUCAAUCAGAAUCCAACAGCUUUUGAUGAUUUAUUACGUGUAAUACCAAAAACUGAUUGACCCAAUUUAUGAGACACUUACACGUGCCUAUUCAUUUUGGGAGUAAAAAUGUACGUGAGAAAAAGUUUCCCAUGACCCAAAAUGGCGGAAAUAGAAGAUGUGGAUUCUGUGAGACACAUUCCCCAUCGUACAAUGGGUAAAAAGGCUCUUGAUGCAUAGAGUAUAUAAGAACUGGAGGGCGCACUGGCCUAGUUACGCACAGAGCUGUGUAUUGAGAGAGUUGUGACCAUAGAUAUAGAAUGAAAUGACUAGAUCGGCCGCGCGUACAUACGGGGGUUCUGGCAUGGGGGCAGCCAUUAGCCUAUGUCCAACGUGUAUCUUCUACCAGCACGUGAAUUUUAACGCGUCCAUAGUGUGGUUAAAGGCCUAUCUCCCAUGUUCAUUUUCUGCGCGUUGGCACCAGCACGUGACUUUUUAGCACGUCCAUGAAGAAAUAGAAAUGUUUGUGUACGGUUUAUGGCGCGUAUGUACGCGCGGCCGAUCUAGGUAUUAUAUUCUAUAUCUUUGGUUGUGACAUGGAAGGACAAGUUCAUUUUUUGUCACAUGGUUGCUGGACGCCAUGUUGUCUCCAAAUGCAUCACAACCCAAUGGCAUGCAGACUAGACUGGCGCCCCGUGUUCUCCCAUGCGUUUCUUGGGGAACAAAAUGGCUUCUAAUCGGAAGUUGUCAUAACUCUCCCAAUGUUUUGCUCUGGUUACGCGGUGCGACCAUUUUGUAAGUUAAAAAAACAUCAAACACAGACGUACGAGUACCUUAUUCAACAAGCUUACAUGUACAAUGUUAAUCUUACAGAAUGGCACUUGUCUCCUUGCGGUCUCGUCCAUUUGUGCACGCAGCAUCACCAGAGCGCCCUCUAGUUCUUAUAACUCUAAAGGCGUGAUGGCUUUAAAUCCACUGUUUUUCCAGGGGUCGUUGCCACCUACUUGUACUCCUUGGGCUGAAAUAGGGUACCCCCUUUAAAGUCCAUACGGAUGUAGGCAUGGGUAUCAUCCAUCAGAAAACUGGCUGGUAGAGCAGAAGCACUACCUCCCAAACACUACACAGAAUCUGAGAUUUACCGCUGACGUCGUCAGAUGAAUUUGGUGAAUAUUGUAUCAGUCAACAUGGUUGGGCGUAACUGUACAUUAAAAAUGUAGUAUUUAGUAUGCCCAGCAAAGUAAAAUAUGUCACAGUCAACGUUGAAAAAAAAAAAUGUUGCGUCCUUUAAAAAAAUGUAUUUUCAAUGUAACCAUUAAAAAAAAUACAUUCCUUGGAAGGCGUGGUACAAAAUCAGCGCUCACUUUCUGGACAAAAUAGUGUAUAGACCGAAUUGAAUAACCCCUUUAUGCUGUGAAAAGUUGCCAUCUUGUAGGGCAAACCGUAUGUGCGUCCAAACGCGUACAUCA